AUGGAUGUAUCAAUAUCAGAUAAUAAUAAUAGUAGUGAUAGUAUUAUAAAUAAUAUUUCAAAAUGUCCAACUCAUAACAAGCAAUUUAAAUUCAUUUGUUAUAAAUGUAAUGAAUUGUUGUGUUCAAAGUGUAUCAACACUCAUCUUCAGUUGAAAGGUGCUGAUCACUAUUGCCAGCACAUAGAUGAGAUUUCAUCGAACUUAUCAAGUCAUUUCAAAGAGGGUGGUGUCGUAAAUUCUUCUGACCAUAUGAAGAAGAGAGUAGAUAAUCUAUGGCAGAAUAUCAACCAUUCAUCAAAUUCACUCAGCAACUUGGAGCAAAAGGAGAACGAGAUAACCAAAUACUAUGCAGAGUUACAUGAGUAUUUGCGUGUAGAGGAACUUAGACUUAAGAAACCAAUCUUAGCAGACAAGGAAAGUGUUGCUCACAAUAUUAAAGAUUCACUUGUAGAAUUACAAUCUUAUUUCAGCAUAUAUAGUUGGAAUAAUCAUUAUCAAAACAACCUAAACAAAGCCAACCACAUCAUCGACAACAACAAUAGUAAUUGCUUCAAAGAAGUUGAAGAGAAAUCUUUGGUCAGUCAAAUCAAUGAAACCGACUCAUCUCUGAAUGAACGCCAAUCUCUUUUAGAGUUUCUCGAAGAAAAUAGCGAUCUGUUUGGAAUGGAGGGUGUCGGUAAAGUACAGAGUAGUCGUCGGGAUUCCAAAGACACUAUUGAUCCUAUUCUGUUUCAAGUGUACCAAUAUAACGAAAAGUAUAAAAUUGAAGAGGUGCCUAGUCCUUUCUUAAUCAACCAGUAUACCAUUACCAGAAGCGACGAUCUUGACGAGAUAUUUGGCGAUAUCCUCGAGGAGUCCAUUGUAAUGCACAUCAAGACUCCAGAGGAGGCCAGCAUUGAAAAAAGACUAAUGAGCCAGAAAUCAAUAGAUGAACUCUCCCAAAGUAUGAUUCAACAAUCGAAUAUCGGACAUUCCGAAUCGGAAAGAAUCAAAAAGACAUAUAUAUUCUCUACCAAUAUGGAUGAAGGUGCUACUCUAAUUGAUAUUACCGAUCCCAAUAAUAUCAAUAGCGAAUCCAUCGAAUAUUUCUACUCAUCAAAGUACACAUUCAAUUCGGUGGUUUCGGUAGGUGAAUUUGUCUAUGUAUUCGGUGGUGGCAAAGACAUCAAGAACCAAUCGAAAUACUUUAGAUACUCCACUAAGGAUAGAAAACCGGUUAAAGGUGAUUUCAGGAGCGAAAUCAACGGUGUGGCAGGUGGUAGAUCGAUAUCGGUGUGCUUUGAUGGACAAAAUUAUAUCUACCUGAUCAACGGGCAUGAUUGCUCCACCAACAAGUAUCACCGAAGAAUCGACCGUUUCAACUUGAAGAAUAUGGGAUUCGAGAAGUUUUAUAGUUUCCCAGAGAACCAAGAUCAACGCAAUCAUGUCUUUUCAUUUUUCUACAAAGACAUACUCUACACGAUGAUGGAUCAUGGUCAUAAAAUAUAUGCUUUCUGUCCUGAUACCAAGGUACUUUCACAUCUACCCAACAAGAAUAUCGAUGAGAUAUGCGCUGCCUGUACAGACGGAGCUGGAAAUCUAUAUAUUCUCAUGAAAAACCCGAACAAUGUCGAAGGAUUCUGUCGACUCAAUAUCGAUACGAACAACAUUGAAAAACUACAGCUACCCAAAGACAUAGAAUUCGGAGAUUCAAUGCUCUAUCACGAAGGUGUUAUCUACUUGAUUGGUGGCAAAGAUUAUAAGAACCAUACUUAUUCAGUUGAGAAAAAGCAAUGGUCAACAUUCUUUGAGAAUGAUACAUCCAUAAGAAAGAUGUGUGGAUCUGCCAUAGUCAAUAUAAACUAA